AUGGCUGGGACCUCAGGCUUCUUUUCCAACGGACCCAUCGCGUGGAUGGACAAUGAUGCAGAGAUGAACAACCUCUACAGAGACCUAGAGCUGGGCACGGUGUUGACACUAUUUUAUUCAAAGAAAUCUCAGAGGCCAGAGAGGAGGACUUUCCAGGUCAAGCUGGAAACUAGGACUAUUAUCUGGACUCGGGGAACAGACAAAAUAGAGGGCGAGAUUGACAUUCGAGAAAUCAAAGAGAUCCGACCAGGGCAGAAGUCGCGGGACUUUGAGCGCUAUAUGGAGGACUCCGCAGCCAGGCUAGAUCAAGCUCACUGCUUUGUCAUUUUGUAUGGGACAGAAUUUCGCCUUAAAUCUCUCAGCCUAGCAGCAACAUCGGAUGAAGAAAUGACCAUGUGGGUGAAGGGGUUAAACUGGCUUGUGGCUGACACGCUAAAGUCCCCAACACCACUUCAAAUAGAAAGAUGGUUACGGAAACAAUUCUAUGCUGUUGACCGCAACAGAGAAGAUAGGAUAUCCUGUAAAGAUCUGAAGAACAUGCUGAGCCAGGUCAACUACAGGGUGCCCAACAUGAGGUUCCUCCGAGAGAAACUUCCGGACUCUGAGUUGAGGAAUGGCGAAGUAUCCUUCAGCCAGUUUUCUCAACUCUACCGGAACCUCAUGUUUGAUGCUCAGAAAAACCUGGAGAUCCCAUUUUUGCAGAGGUUCAUUGACAGACCAGAACAGAGGAUCUCCCUUGAGGACUUUAAGAACUUCCUCCUGGAUUCUCAAAUGGAUAUGUGGGCUACAGAUGGCAGCAAGGUUCAAGAGUAUAUAUUUGGCUACCUGAAAGACCCUCUUAGAGAAGUAGAACAGCCUUAUCUUCUCCAAGAUGAGUUCCUGACGUACUUAUUCUCCAAAGAGAACACCAUCUGGGAUUCCUCCUUGGACCAAGUAUGUCCAGAAAAUAUGAACAAUCCUUUGUCCCAUUACUGGAUUUCCUCUUCACAUAACACGUACUUGACAGGUGACCAGUUUUCCAGUGAGUCGUCUCUGGAGGCGUAUGCUCGAUGUCUAAGGAUGGGUUGCCGCUGUAUUGAAUUGGAUUGCUGGGAUGGUCCUGAUGGAAUGCCAGUCAUCUACCACGGGCACACCCUCACGACAAAGAUCAAGUUUUGCGAUGUGUUGACCACCAUCAAAGAGCACGCAUUUGUUACGUCAGACUUUCCCAUCAUCCUGUCCAUUGAGGACCACUGUAGUAUUGUCCAGCAAAGGAAUAUGGCCACUUACUUCAAGAAACUUUUCGGAGACAUGUUGCUUACCAAGGCAGUGGAUAUUGCAGCGGAUGGCCUGCCCUCACCUCACCAGCUCAAGAAGAAGAUCCUCAUCAAGCAUAAAAAGCUUGCUGAGGGCAGCGCUUACGAGGAGGUGUCUACCUCUACUCCCUACUCUGAGAAUGACAUCAGCAACUCCAUCAAAAAUGGAAUUCUGUAUUUGGAGGAUCCCAUCAAUCAUGAGUGGUACCCUCAUUUCUUUGUCCUGACCAGCAGUAAAAUCUACUACUCAGAAGAGACCUCAAAUAAUCAGGCUAAUGAUGAGGAAGAGGAGCACAGAGAGGUUUCCAAUGGGAUGGAUCAACAUGUUACAGAAAAGUGGUUUCAUGGGAAAUUGGGAGCAGGGCGUGACGGGCGUCAGAUAGCGGAGCGGCUACUGUCGGAAUACUGCCUAGAGACUGGAGCGCCUGAUGGCUCCUUCCUGGUUCGAGAGAGUGAGACCUUUGUGGGAGAUUACACACUGUCUUUCUGGCGCUCAGGACGAGUGCAGCACUGUCGCAUUCACUCCCGUCAAGAGGCCGGAAGCCCCAAAUUCUACCUGACUGAUAACCUUGUAUUUGAUACCCUUUUUGCCCUCAUCAACCACUACCAGCAGGUGGCGUUGCGCUGCAAUGAAUUUGAAAUGAAGUUGACGGAACCUGUGCCGCAGACCAAUGCCCAUGAGAGCAAAGAGUGGUACCAUGCGAACCUGUCCAGGAGUCAUGCUGAGAACAUGCUAAUGAGAGUUCCCAGAGAUGGCGCUUUCCUUGUCAGGAAAAGGGCUGAAUCCAACUCAUUUGCCAUUUCCUUCAGGGCUGAGGGAAAAAUUAAGCACUGUCGAGUACAACAGGAAGGUCAAACUGUGGUGCUGGGCACUUCAGAGUUUGACAGCCUUGUAGAUCUUAUCAGCUACUAUGAGAGGCAUCCUCUGUAUCGCAAAAUGAAGCUGCGAUAUCCCAUUAAUGAGGACACACUGGAAAAAAUCGGCACUGCUGAGCCCGACUAUGGGUCAUUGUAUGAGGGCAGAAAUCCUGGAUUUUAUGUGGAAGCCAAUCAGAUGCCUACCUUUAAGUGCACAGUAAGAGCAAUGUAUGAGUACAAAGCCCAAAGAGAUGAUGAGCUCUCCUUCACUAAAAAUGCCACCAUCUCUAAUGUAGACAAACAGGAAGGAGGAUGGUGGAAGGGAGACUGUGGAGGGAAGAAGCAGCUGUGGUUUCCCGCAAACUAUGUUGAGGAGAUCAGUCCAUCAGCUGCAGAGCCAGACAGAAGCGAGAUGACAGAAAACAGUCCUCUGGGAGAUCUGCUGAGAGGAAGUGUGGACGUCUCCUCCUGCCAGAUUGUUGUGCGACCUGAGGGUAAAGGAAGCAGGCCACAUGUUUUCUCUCUGGUGCCGACCACGGCCAUGCGGACGGGCCCGGUACUGGAAGUUGCUGCCAGCAGCCAGGAGGAGUUAAAGGAGUGGGUGCUCAAGAUCCGUGACGUCGCGAUGACUUCAGAGGCCAAGCUGGAGGAGGGAAAGAUGAUGGAGAGAAGGAAGAAGAUUGCACUGGAGUUAUCUGACUUGGUUGUCUACUGUAGACCUGUGCCCUUUGAUGAAGACAAGAUCGGCACAGAGCGCGCCUGUUUCCGAGACAUGUCUUCCUUUCCCGAGACCAAGGCGGAGAAGUACGUCAAUAAGAUCAAAGGGAAGAAGUUCCUGCAGUACAAUAGACUGCAGCUAUCCAGGAUCUACCCACGAGGCCAGAGACUGGACUCCUCAAACUACGACCCUCUGCCCAUGUGGCUCUGUGGCUCGCAGCUUGUAGCACUAAACUUCCAGACAGCAGAUAAGCCCAUGCAGAUGAACCAGGCCUUGUUCAUGCUGAACGGAAGGAGCGGGUAUGUCCUCCAGCCCCCCAUCAUGAGGGACGACAACUUCGAUCCCUUUGACAGACACACACUGCGGGGUCUCGAGGAAGUCACUCUUCAGAUCGAGGUAUUGGGUGCAAGGCACCUACCCAAGCACGGGCGUGGCAUCGUUUGCCCUCUCAUCGAGAUUGAAGUGUGCGGGGCCGAGUAUGACAGUGUCAAGCAAAAAACAGACUCUGAAGCUGACAACGGUCUGAAUCCCACUUGGCCCAGAAAGCCGUUCCAGUUCGUAGUUUGCAAUUCAGCCUUCGCCUUCCUUCGCUUUGUGGUCUACGAAAUUGACAUGUUCAGCGAUCAGAACUUCCUGGCUCAAGCCACAUUCCCCAUUCACAGCCUGAAGACGGGUUAUCGCUCAGUCCCUCUGAAGAACAGCUUCAACGAGGACCUGGAGUUGGCCUCGUUGUUGGUCCACAUGGACAUUGUCAGAGGAAGAAAUGAAAACGGCGAUAUUGUGUGCCCAUUCUCCGUCACCUCGUCGAUCGCGACGGCAGCCCAAACCGGACGGGAACGUUUCGGGGACCGCAGCUCUGUCUCGUCUACGUCCUCCAACGUCUCCCCAGUGCCCCAGUCGCCGGGCCAGGCCGUGGCAUCUUACAGGGGCCGAGAGGGCUCCUUCGACUCCCGCUACCAGUCACCCCUUGACGACUUCAGAGUGUCGCAGGAGCCGCUGCUGGACCACAUGGACCCGCAGAACCGAAGGAUGAUGCGGCGGACCAGAGUGGGCGGAGAGAACCGCGUCUAA